UUCACAGAUGAGAGAAUUUAGAGCACAGACAUGAUGGAGACUGUAGUCCUGUUGUUGCUGAUCAGUUGUGCAGUGAGUGGGGCCCAGGACAAUCCGAAUGGGGCCAAACCUGCUCAGUGCUGUGAUGGCUCCAUGUUUAUGACUGUGGGAGCUCUGACAGAGAAAGUGGCAAAUCUCAUGGACAAAAUGACACAAGUGGAAACUAAACUGGACAACACUGAGAGAGAGCUCACUGAACUGAAGAGCAUCACUCACGGUACUCCUAAAAUUGCCUUUUCUGCAUCUCUCUAUGAAACUGGCUCUGGAGACACGGGGCCAUUCAACACCCAAACUCCUCUGAAGUACAAGAAAAUCUACGCCAACUUUGGCAACAACUACAAUCCUGCUACAGGCAUCUUCACAGCAACAGUGAAGGGGGUCUACUUCUUCCGUUUCACAAUGUUCAACAACCUCAAUUCAACUCCAAACUCCGUCCUGGUCCUGAGGAAGAAUGGUGAACAGAUAGUCACUCUGCAUGACGUUUCAGGGACUGACGCCAAUGACACGGGCAGUAAUGCAGCAGUGCUCCCCCUAGAGGCCGGAGAUACUGUGUACGUGGAACUUCAAGCCAACAGACAAGUGUAUGAUGACACUGCUCACUACAACACCUUCACUGGGUUUCUGCUGUUCACUAUUUAGCUUUGUGUGAUGUUAACUGAAAGCACUGCUCUGUUAGAAGCUCUAUUACUCGAAUUAGACUUAAAUUGAGCUUUAUUUUUACACAGUCUGUCCAGAAAGAGCUGCAUGGGAAUCCAGAAGGAUAUCUCUCUGUAUUUGUUAUACAGCUCCAUAUCCUCAAUGAAUCUGGAUUUUUCCAGGCAACAGAAAGAGCUGAUUUGGUUGGAAGUACAACAGGUGAGAUGAUUUGUACUCUUAAAGGUGCAUUGUGUAACUUUUCUCCAUGGAGACAUGAUUGCGUCAUCUGGAAUGUUUCACAGUAUGAUAUUAAACCUUUCUAUCUACAUGAAGACCAAACCAGACCACGUUACAGGUCAGAUCUGUGGAGAAGCAAACCUCCUUACAGUCAGAAUGCCUGUUUUUUCUAGGUAUUUUUGAGCUAUAAAACCACCUGUAAUUGAAUAAAUGUAAGGUAAAGCUGUCAUACUGUGGAACAUUUCAGGCAGAGCAAUGACAUAUCCAUAUAAACAAGCAGGUGACAGACCUCCAAACUAAAAGUUACAUAGUGCACCUUCAAACAAGUCUUUCACACAUAAAAUUACAGUCACAAGUCAGCCAACAGUUUUUCAGUUAGUCACUCUCAUUUUAGUUGAAAAUCCAACAUCUAAACAAGGCCAUGGAGAAAGAGGUAUGACAUUUAUAGUUUCUUGUAGUGAGGAAAGUGGCUUUUGUAGGUAGAGUAAUAUAUCGUCAGCAUAGAGGAUGAUUUUACACUUGUUUGUUUACCUGUAAUAGAGUGAUCCUGACAGAUAGCUGCAGCCAGGGGUUCAGUGCAGAUAGUAAAGAGAAAUGGGGAAAGUGGACAUCCUUGUCUAGUUUUAUUUGAAUGAUUUAACCAUUGUCAUAACAAUUGAAAAACUGUAUGUUUGUGAAUUGUUGUUUAGUGUUAGUCUAUUAAUUAAGAGGUUUGAAGAGAAAUGAUGCAAAAGCGUUUUGCUCAACUCUGUUAGUUUGCAUAACUGACUGCUUAGAAAUGUCAGUGGUGGAAAAAUAAAUCACAAACUAAAAAUAAAUAAACCAAUGUUCUUCAGGUGUUCAUUACACUGACA